AUAUUGAUGUGUAGAAAAUGUAUUGAUGUAAAGAUGAAUUUUUGGAAUUUAUUGAAACAAAUUAAAAGUGUGCCUAUUAAAAUAGACGCCGAAACAACAUAACGUAAAACAGCUGAUUCAGAGGCCAGCCUGCCAGUCAGCCGUUUUGCGACGGAGUGGCAACGCUCGAUGCAUUGCAUGUAAUUUCAAGCGAACAACAUCAAGUUACGUAUUCGCAACCGGCGGCCAACAAACAGACAGCGAGACAGAGAGAGAGCAAGAAAAAGUGGCUGGAAAAAUUAUGUUCAAGGGUUUGCGACAUGUGAGAAAUGUGCUGCAACGUGGACACUACUGCAAUCAGGCAACAGGCCGCUGCCAUGCCACCUACGUGACGCACAUGAUGAAAGCUGAAGCAGCAGCGUCGGCGGCAUCGGCAGCCACCAAACACAACAACAACAAUUCUGGUGGCAUCGGCAGUGCUGCCUUGCGACACCAGCUGAGUGUGCCCGCUUUGCAGCCGCUGAGCUGGCGACAGGUGCAACUGCUGCGCUCGGAGUACAAGGCAAUUGUGGGUGUGAUCGCGCGCUCGCUGCAAUUGACGACACGCGAGGUGCAGCAAUUGCAUUUGCGCUGCCUGAGCUCCCGCAAAUCGGACAACGAAAGCAGCAGCAGCAGCAGCAAAAGCAGCGAUGACAAAAAAGGCGACAAGUCGGAAAAGAAAGCAACAACAGCUGCUGGCGACGACAGCAGCAGCAGUAAAGAAACAACAAGCAGCUCUGGAGAGGAACCCCCCAAGGACAGCAGCAGCAGCAAUAGCAAUAACAACAAGAACAACGAGAAUGACGAGAAAUUGCGCUCAGUCCUAACUAAAGCCGUGUUGUGGCUCUUCACCAUCUACAUGUUUGUGGCCUUCAUCUCGCUGCUUAUCACACCGCGCACCGAACGUCCCGAGGGCUCCACACGCUACGUCUCCUGGAAUGAGUUUGUGCAUCACAUGCUCGCCGUUGGCGAAGUCAAGGAACUGAUCAUACGCCCCGACAUGGAGAUGGUUACCAUCAUUCUGCAUGAGGGCGCCGUGAUCAAGGGACGUAAAGUCACCUCGAGCAUUUUCCACAUGGCUGUUGCCGAUGCCAACAAGUUUGAGGAGAAACUGCGGCUGGUGGAGAAGCGGCUAGGUAUCAAGGACGGCGUGCCAGUUACCUAUGAUCGGCAGACGGAUACAACCGGUCGCAUAUUGAUGCUGUUGCUCUUCUGUGCGCUGCUCAUGUCGAUUGCAACGCGCAUGCGCAGUAUGAAGAGUCCCCUCAGCAUGGACUCCUUUAACCAAAUGGGACGCGCCAAGUUCACGCUGGUUGAUCCCUUUGAUGGUGGACGCGGCGUUUUGUUUCGCGACGUUGCCGGCCUCAGUGAGGCCAAGCAAGAGGUGAAGGAGUUCGUUGACUACCUCAAGUCACCGGAGAAGUACCAACGUCUGGGCGCCAAGGUGCCACGCGGUGCCCUGUUGCUCGGUCCGCCCGGUUGCGGUAAAACGCUGCUGGCCAAAGCGGUGGCUACCGAAGCUCAAGUGCCUUUCCUUAGCAUGAACGGUUCCGAGUUCAUUGAGAUGAUCGGUGGCCUGGGUGCCGCUCGUGUGCGUGAUCUCUUCAAGGAGGGCAAGAAGCGUGCGCCGUGCAUUAUUUACAUCGAUGAAAUCGAUGCCAUUGGUCGCCAGCGUUCCGGCACCGAGAGCAUGGGACAGGGAAGCUCUGGAGAAUCGGAGCAAACUCUUAAUCAGCUGCUUGUUGAGAUGGAUGGCAUGGCUACCAAGGAGGGUGUUCUCAUGCUCGCCAGCACCAAUCGUGCCGAUAUACUCGAUAAGGCUUUGUUGCGUCCCGGACGCUUCGAUCGUCACAUACUCAUCGAUUUGCCUACGCUGCAGGAGCGCAAAGAGAUCUUCGAGAAGCAUUUGUCCUCGGUCAAACUGGCCGAAUCGCCCAGCACAUAUUCCCAGCGCCUGGCACGCCUGACGCCCGGUUUCUCCGGCGCCGACAUUGCCAACGUGUGCAACGAGGCGGCGUUGCAUGCGGCACGUCACACACAGUCCGAAGUGAGCAGCAAGAAUCUGGAGUAUGCUGUGGAGCGUUUAGUGGGUGGUACCGAGAAGCGUUCGCAUGCGCUGUCGCUGGCGGAACGCAAGGUGAUUGCGUAUCACGAGUCGGGACAUGCGCUUGUCGGCUGGAUGCUGCCCAACUCGGAUAUCCUGCUCAAGGUGACAAUUGUGCCGCGCACAAGUCUCGCAUUGGGCUUCGCUCAGUAUACGCCGAGCGAGCAGCAUUUGUAUUCCAAGGAGGAGCUCUUCGAUAAGAUGUGCAUGGCCCUGGGCGGUCGGGCCGCCGAGAAUUUGAUCUUUCAGCGCAUUACGACGGGCGCCCAAAAUGAUCUGGAGAAGGUGACCAAAAUAGCGUAUUCACAGAUUAAGAAAUUUGGCAUGAAUGACACUUUGGGUCCGAUCUAUAUACGCGAUGCGGAUGAAUCCGGUAGUUCGGGCGCCGGUGGCAGCAGCAAACCGUUCUCCAGGGCCAUGGAGAACAUCAUCGAUAACGAGGCGCGCACCAUAGUCUCAAAGGCGUAUCAGACCACCGAGGAGAUACUCAUCACGCACCGCGACAAGCUAGAAAAGCUCGCAGAGGCGCUGUUGGAGAAGGAGACACUCGAUUAUGACGAGGUUGUUAGCUUGAUUGGUCCACCACCGUUCGAUCCGGCCAAACGUCAAGUGGAAGCCGUUGAGUUUGAGCAAUCGCUGAAGAACCUGAGCACCGACGAUGCGACCAAAGCCUAAUGGCGACAUCUAUUAUUAGCAGCAUUCAUUUCACACCUUUCUCGCCACUAUCCCCAACUCUUCACCACGCCAUCCAGGUUCAUGUUCAACUAAAUGUAAAUAAAGUUGUUUACCUUUUUAAAUUGA